AUGUUUAGACACGUUUCUGUGGAAGAUUUAGCAAUAAUUGCAUUGUUAUUAGAAGAAGAAGACCGGGAUAAAACUAAAAAAAGAGCAAAACGCAUGGCAGUUCAUCCUACGCUCAAGAAGAGAAAAUUAGAAGGAGAAUAUUGGACACUGUUUAAAGAACUUAUUGACGAUGAAGAAAAAUUUUUCUUGUAUUUUCGUAUGAGUCGGUUUCAGUUUGAUAUUUUACUAAAGAAAAUAGAACUGCUGAUAACCAAACAAGAUACAGUUUUCAAGGAAGCCUUGUCACCAAAAGAAAAACUAGCAGUAUGUCUCAGGUAA